AUGCACCACAAAAAAGAGUAAGUAGAAGUGUUGUAUGAGGUUUUGUUCUUAUCCAAUGAGGUUGAUGAAGUAUUCCUCCCUCUCCUAGUAAACAUAUUGAAAAAGGAGAGAAUUUAAGACUGCCUAGAAUUUCUCUCGUAAGAUCAAAACAAAUUCCAUUUAGAAAUAGAAAGUUAAAAGGGGUAAAACUAAUCUCUGCUUGAGAAAGAAUAGACUCGUAAUGGAGAGAAGAACAUUAAGAUAAUAACAGAUGUCCUCAAAAAAGUUAUGGAUCAUGACUUUAAUACACAGAAUUACUCUAUGGAUGAUUAUGAAGAAUUUAAAAAGGAUCUAAUUACAAAAAUAUCAUUGAAUAAGAAGAUAAUAGAAUUCCUAAAAUUUUUAGUUCAUCUGACUGCUUUAGAUGAGACCUAUAUUUGGUGUGGAUCAAAUUCUCUUCAUUUGCUAGUUUAAAUGAAGGUGGAUUUGAGGGAAUAAAGUUUUGAGAACAUCAGGAUAAGAAAUACCUCUUUAGUUGGUGGGAAUUUUAUAAGAUGCAUAUUCAAUGGAUCAGAAUUUGACAAUGUAGAUAUUAGUGGAAUGAACUUGAAUUAAGCUUAAAUGUUUAAUUGUAAUUGGAAGAAUAUCAAGAUACAUGAGUUAAAUAAAUUA